AUGAAAAUCGCUGUUGUCGGGUCCGGAGUGUCUGGCCUCGCUGCAACAUGGUUGCUCAAUGAGUUCACCAAUCACGAGGUGCAUCUCUACGAAGCCGAUUCACGACCUGGUGGACAUGCACACACUGUCUCAUAUGAAGGACCAAAAGACAACUCGGUCAACGUUGACAUAGGAUUCAUCGUCUUCAAUCCUUCCACAUACCCCAAUUUUCUUCGAUUUUUCGACAUACACCCUGAUCUGCGUAAACGAAUUCGGCAUACAGAUAUGACUUUUUCAGUCUCCCGCGACAAAGGGGCGUUUGAAUGGGCUGGUCGGAACCUUAGUAGCGUUUUUUGCCAGAUUUCCCGCCUGUUUGACCCAAAUAUGUGGCUCAUGGUCUACGAUAUCUUGCGAUUCAAUGCUUGCGCAGGAAGGCUUCUUGAACACAUGGAACUUGCCUCCCCAGACGACGACGGACCUACGAUAGGAGAGUACCUAAGCCAAGAAGGCUAUUCCAAGUCUUUCAUGAAUGACUAUUUGAUUCCAAUGACUGCUGCGAUUUGGAGCACGCCACCUGCCCAGUGCGCUCUCGAUUUUCCCGCACGUACAUUGAUUCAAUUCAUGCACAAUCAUCAUCUCUUGCAAAUUUUCGGAAAGCCUUCCUGGCUUACCCUUCAGGGCGGUAGCCGAAUUUACGUCGAGCGGAUACUCUCAAAGCUCCCGAAACCACAGCUACAUCUAUCUACGCCUGUGCAGUCACUCGUCUCUACACCCAUACAUGCUGACUCCCGGAACAUAGAGCUGACAACGGCCUCCGGAGCGCAUGACUACUACGAUCAUGUCAUUUUGGCAUGUCACAGCGACACUGCGCUCGCGAUUCUCUGUACCGGUGGCGGUGCAACUGCAGACGAGGAACGGAUCCUCCGUGCGUUCCGUUGGAAUAAGAAUGAGGCAGUCCUGCAUUGUGAUGUACGGCUCAUGCCUAUACGGCGCGCCGCUUGGUCGUGUUGGAACUUCCUCUCAAGGUCGAAGACGAACAAUACCGGAGCGAAAAAAAUCAUAAAUGAAGUAUCCCUUAGCACCUAUUGGAUGAAUGAUCUUCAGCACAUACCCGAGGAACUUCACGGACCUAUUUUCGUCACGCUCAACCCGCUAUUUGAUCCCAAUCCAAGUCUCGUCGCAGGCAGGUAUUCUUACGACCACCCAAUCCUAGAUGCCAAGGCCAUUCGCGCUCAACAAGAGGUACACAUCAUUCAACGAAAACGUGGCAUUUCAUUUGCCGGCGCAUGGCUCAAGUACGGCUUUCACGAGGACGGCUUUACGUCCGGGUUGCGCGCAGCAGCAGCAAUUAUGCAAGAGGACGCGACCUUGAAUGAGCGAGAGAUGCACAUGCCGUUCGAGAUCGUCGACGCUGAUCGUCCGGGCCGUAAGUCACAUAUGUUCGCUGCCAUAUUCGACUUCCUACACACUUGGGGGGCAAAAACGAUUCUUGGUUUAUGCCUUGUUACCUUUGCAAGUGGCAUAUACUUAACAGUGUACGGAACGACACUCCCGACGAAUAAUGGCGAUCCAUCUUCAUAA